AUGGGUAUUGUCGCUGUUGCCGGCGGAUCUGGGCCCGUGGGUAGGACCAUAGUUGAUGCACUUGUGGCACACGGUAAACACAAAGUCCUCGUUUUCUCUCGCAUUGAGCGUCUGCCCGAAGAACAAGUCACCUACAUCAAUGCCGACUAUAAUGAUGUUCAGGGCACGAGUGAUGCAUUGGAAGGUGCCGACGUGGAUACUGUAAUCUGCGCAAUAGGCGUGGCGACCCCAGACACCAACAAGGCUCAACUCGAUCUCAUCAAGGCUGCUCAGCAGUCCAAGACCACUCGUCGGUUUGUGAUCAGCAGCUUUGACAUGCUACAGCGACAAGAGUACAUCGACAUCAGCCCGCUUGCAAAGUAUACAUUUGAGGCAAUUGAUCUGCUCGAGCAGAGCGGACUCGAAUACACGCGUAUAGCCUGCGGCUGGUUCCUCGAUUACUUUGGCAUGCCAUACUGGAAGACACAUCUUCAUCCAUGGGUCAAUGUACUGAACAUGGAACGGCGGUGGGCGGCUGUUCCAGGCGACGGUUCGGCCAAGGCCAACUUCGUGACCACUCAAGACAUGGCCAAGUUCGUGGCCAACAUGAUGGACUUGGGGUCGUGGUCCAAAGUGAGCACCAUCGUCGGCGACUGCCUCACGAUGAACCAGCUGGUAGAGAUGGCCGAAGAAGAGCGCGGCUCCAAAUUCAACGUGGCGUAUGACAGCCUCGAAAAGCUGAAGGCCGGGAAAAUUUCUUUCGCUUCUGAAUUCCCGAACAUAGAUUUUGUGGCCGACUCAGAGGCCUUCUAUGCGAUGAUUCACUACCAGGCUGGUCUCGGCCAGUACGAGGUGCCGACCAACGACACGCUGAAUGAGAGGUUUCCUGAGCUGAGUAUCACGCACGCGAGAGAGGUCAUGAGCGUAUGGAGAGGAAGACAGGAUUAG